AUGACUAGUGUUAUGGCAACAACAUCACGGAAUCAUCCUAACGGUUAUAACGGAGGAGGAGAAGGAAGUUUGAAUAUCCAUCAAGAGGCGUCGUCAUCUUCUAUCAUGAAUGUUCAACCGUCAUCAUCGGAACAUCAUCAAAUGAUCGUGAAUUCAUACCACAAGGUCAAGGAAUUAUAUGCGUUAAGCGUUUCUAGGUAUAAUCAAGGAAAAUACUUUCUUGCUCUUGAAAGCUUUUUGGAUUGUAAAAAUCUAGUAGAAUUGGAGUUGGUGCAGCAACAACAACAAUCAGCAUCAUUGGUGCAGCAACAACAUUCAACAAAAUCAACGAUCGCCCAAGAACAGAGGCAUGAACACGGUGUAUCAUCAUCAUCGUCAACCAUACAGACAAGACAUCAAGCCUCGUCUUCCAAACAAAAAAACAAAAAGCACAAACAACGAUCCAAUUCCGAUAACAAAACAAUACUAGGAAAAGGUCACAAUGAGAGGACAACUCGUGUGGGUCAUGAGGAACGGUCGCUGGUCAAAGUCGAACCCUCUCAGCAAGUGACUCCAGUUCAUAUUGACGAGAGCGAUAAUUAUUAUCUUUAUUUGUACUAUCAGAUUUGUUUUCAACUGGCGAAGUGUCACUUUAAGCUUGGCCAGCUGAGUAAGGCUAUUUAUUAUUUAUAUCAUCAAUGCUCGCAAUGCGAAAAUAUUACUGUAAAUCAAGAAUAUUCGACGCUUCUUCAAGAAGUUGAGAGAAUGAUAUGUUUUGACAAAAACAUUGAUGCCAAUAAGAUAUCCGCAGACGAUAUUGAAAAAUUUGCUCUAGAAAUCCAACCUAUUCACUUUUUUGCACCUGCCGCUGGCAGCUUGGAUCACAGUGCUUAUUCCAUGUUGUCUUCAUCCACGACAACCUCGAGUGUGGGCCAUGACAUGGAUGUCACAACUCGCUCCAACAACAACUUCUCCAUCUUUUUCUCUCCAUACAGUAUCCACAAUGCAAAGCAUGCCUCGCUACCCUCAACAUAUAGUACGGACAAACGAAACGAUUGGCAGUCCAUAUUUUUAAAAUAUCAAAAAAGCGUCUGUAAAUAG